AGUAAACUUGCCGGCAACUGGAUUUGCUUUCAUUGUGAGCAAUAAAUUUGCCUUGCAACACUGCUGCAAACAAAUAAUCAUUAUUUCGAUUAUAAUCCCAGAAUAAUUUGUGAAAAAUUGAUUUUCUUGAAAAAAUUAAAUUUUAAAAAUAGGUAGCCUAUUAUCAUCAAGCAGACAAGUGAUGUCUGAGCAAAUUAAAUUAUUGGUCGAUUCGAAAAUCAAUUCCAAGAAAGUGAUGGUAUUUUCGAAAUCGUUUUGUCCUUAUUGUACCAACGCCAAAAAAGUUUUGUCUGAAUAUCGAUUGCCACCAGAUGACUAUGAAGUAAUGGAAAUUGAAAACGAUCCCCAAUGUUCAGAGAUUCAGGCUUAUCUCAAAUUAUUGACUGGUGCAUCAUCCGUGCCCCGUGUUUUCAUCAAUGGCCGCUGUAUUGGUGGUGGCGACGAUACUGUUCGUCUACACAGAUCAGGAGAGCUAGCCAAAUUGUUGUCUUAAUUAUGGAAUUAUAGUUAAUUUCAAUUUUAACAAUUUUUUUUUGUUAGUCAAUGUGUUUGGAUACGUUUUUGUUACAAUAAAUUUGAUGUUGAGUUAUGAUUGAGCAAAA